GCGUCACUGGUUCGCGGACUUUCCUUAUUUACUGAGAAGACUCGGGAUGAAUAACGAAACCGUAGAACCAUAGGAUAGGAGGCUCGCUGUUCGCUCCUACGAAACCUCUACAGCGAACUUAUGGAGUUCCCCGCACCUAUGACGAAGUUGGUAUUAAUCGUAUUUUACCUGUUAGUAAUGGUUGAAUUGAUUGAUGCAUCGGUCCCGCGGUUACUGCGGCAGCUGGAGUCCGGUAGCGGGAAUUAUUUGACCACAGAGGAGCACUGGAUCAAUCAGACACUCGAUCACUUCUCUCCUUAUGACCAAAGGCAAUUUCAGCAGCGGUAUUAUGAAUAUCUUGAUGAUUUUCGUGCUCCUGAUGGACCUGUAUUUCUUAAGAUAUGUGGAGAAUCUGCUUGCAGUGGGAUUCCAAAUGACUAUAUUAGUGUUUUAGCCAAGAAGUUUGGAGCAGCAGUGGUUACACUCGAGCAUCGUUACUAUGGAAAGAGUUCUCCUUUUAAAUCAUUGGCUACAGAGAAUCUGAGAUAUCUUUCAUCCAAACAAGCACUUUUUGAUUUGGCUGUUUUCAGAGAGCAUUAUCAGGAUUCCUUAAAUGAGAAGUUCAACAGAUCAAAUGUUGAGAAUCCUUGGUUUUUCUUCGGUAUUUCAUAUGCAGGAGCUCUUAGUGCAUGGUUCCGUCUAAAGUUUCCGCACCUUACUUGUGGUAGUCUGGCAAGUUCUGGAGUUGUACAAGCUAUUUACAACUUCACAGAAUUUGAUAAGCAGAUAGGUGAAUCCGCUGGUCCAGAAUGUAAAGCUGCUCUCCAAGAAAUUACUCAUCUUGUUGACCAGAGACUUGUAUCUGAUGAGAAAGCUUUGAAGAAAUUAUUUGGUGCAUCUCAGCUAAAAAAUGAUGGUGAUUUCCUGUAUUAUCUAGCUGAUGCUGCAGUUACAGCAUUUCAAUAUGGAAAUCCGGAUAGAUUGUGCAACCCUCUUAUUGAGGCAAAGAAAGCAGGAAAAGAUUUGGUGGUGACAUAUGCUGCUUAUAUAAAAGAGAAUUACGCCGAUGUGGAAACCUAUGACCAAGAGCAUUUGAAAAAGACUGAAUUAACUAAUGGCUCCUCUGACCGCCUGUGGUGGUUUCAAGUCUGCACUGAAGUUGCAUAUUUUCAAGUUGCACCAUCAAAUGAUAGUAUCCGCUCAUCAAAAAUUGAUACUAAAUACCAUUUGGACCUCUGCAAAAAUGUCUUUGGAAAGGAGCUCUCUCCUGAUGUUUCUGGAACCAAUUUAUACUAUGGUGGCAGAGAAAUUGCUGGUUCAAAAAUAGUAUUCACGAAUGGAUCGCAGGACCCAUGGCGACAUGCAUCGAAACAGACUUCUUCACCUGAAAUGCCGUCAUACCUCGUCAGCUGCCACAACUGUGGCCAUGGAACUGACAUGCGCGGAUGCCCCCAGUCUCCCUUGGUUCUACAAGGUAAUGCUGAGAACUGCACAUUCCCGGAUGCAGUUAAUAAAGUAAGGCAGCAGAUGGUACAGCAUAUCGAUACAUGGCUGUCUGAGUGCCAACAGGCUCAGGUUUCGCUCGAUUCAAAUCGUUAUCCCCAGCUCUCUAAACAUUAAGGAAUGAGAUUGAUGGCCACUCGUAGGCCACACAAUGCCUUCUUUGGAGUAAGAUUGUGUUUUACAAAUUAUGCUAAAGCUUCUUGGAUCGAUCAAUUUCUUGGAUGACUCUCUAGUUAGAUUGUUGUUGCCUCUUCGAGAAAGGCCCACUUUUUUAUUGAUGAUAUAUUUGAUAAACUUAGUCGUAUGUGGCCAUAUGUAACAAAGCUUUAACAAAUGGUAUUGUAACUUAAAGCUUACAGUAUAAAAAUUUCUUCUUGUUUGGUUGUUUCA